AUGCCGAGUGCAGGAUGGUCAAGGAUAGCAUGGCCUUACUGCGCCGUGAUUGUGCUUGCUUUAUCUGGCAGUGGAGGAGGAGAUCGGCUUCAGGAUUCUGUGCAGACGACUCAGAAUCACCAACUCUCCGACCGCACAUCGGAAACGACAUGCCCGGUGGAAAAUAUUUGGGAGGUCGAGGCGAGUAUCUUUCGGUAUCCAGUAUGCCUUGAGACGCGAUGGGGACUUGGACAGAAGUCACACCAUGUUACUCCGGCAUCUGAUGCUGCCGCCAGUGCAGAUCAUACAGCAGGGUCGGCUGCUACGACCGAAAGAACUGUUGAUGCAGUUGCAGAAUCAACCACACAACAAGAACAGCAAGAUGCAGAUACCGACUCUCUACUUGACAGUUCGAGUUUCCUUUCGUUCGAAGAUUGGAAGAAGCAGAAUCUGGCUAAGGUUGGGCAGUCUGCUGAGAAUGUUGGGGGUAAUAGACGUGUCGUGGCAGCUGGAAAAGAACGACGUCAGCCGGGGAUUAAUAAUGCGCUGGAUUCAUUAGGGGAUGAUGCAGAGAUUGAACUGGACUUCGGUGGCUUCGGGGCUGAGACGCCCGAGGCUAGUCCUACGGCUUGGGGUACACCGAUUCCAUCGCCCCACGCAGCUGAUCAUCUUGACGGAGAACAUGAAGAAGAUAUCAAUACUCAGCGCUUGCAGAAAGCAGAUGUUUCGCGCCGUAAGGAUGCCGGGACAACAUGCAAAGAGCGAUUCAAUUAUGCAUCUUUUGAUUGUGCAGCUACGGUGCUCAAGACAAAUCCAGAGUGCAAGGGCUCUUCGGCUGUUCUGGUUGAAAACAAGGAUAGCUACAUGCUGAACGAAUGUCGUGCCGAGAACAAGUUCUUAAUUUUGGAAUUGUGUGACGAUAUCCUUGUGGAUACUGUCGUAUUGGGCAACUAUGAGUUCUUCAGCUCCAUCUUCCACACGUUCCGCGUGAGUGUAUCGGACCGAUACCCUGCGAAGCCGGACCAGUGGAAAGAAUUGGGUGUUUACGAGGCACGGAAUACUCGUGAGGUACAGGCGUUCGCAGUUGAGAACUCGCUCAUCUGGGCUCGAUACCUUCGUAUCGAGUUCUUGACGCACUAUGGCCAUGAAUUCUACUGCCCAGUUAGUCUUAUUCGAGUCCAUGGAACGACCAUGAUGGAGGAGUAUAAGCAUGAUGAGAGUGUUGGUCGCAGCGAGGCUGAAGAUGAAGAAGUUAUGGAAUCAGUUGAGACCGUAGAAAGUCCCAGCGAUCCACAGACCGAUCUACCCGUACCUCCAGUGCAUGAGAUUAUCCAGGAGGAGGAAAAGGAGACAUUCAGUGACGAAGUCCCUGCAUUUUGUCCUGCUUCCCUCACUGAAGUGGAGUUGUCUCUUUUGGGGCUUGUUCAUCAGACUGUCGAGACUUGUGAUAUCAGUGAACAACCGCCAGUAGAAGCCAUCCCCGACGGAACUGCUACAACAGAUCCCACAAAGCCACAGCGAGUAGAUUCAACCGGCUCCACAGGGAACGCUCCUGCCAUCCAGUCUGGCUCAUCAGCUCCACCAAAGGCAGCAGAAGAUCCUCGGAAAUCAGGUGACUCUAACAAGGCUAUGCCGACUCCUCCUGAUGCCUCGGUUGUCGCCGCGGAGCCAGCUGCACACAACACCACCAUCGAGAGCACCGGAAAAUCGACGACAAACCCCAAGGAGGAGAACAGUCCACCACACGAGUCUACUAGACCUACAUCCACUCAACCCCCCUCUUCUAACCCGACUACCCAAGAAUCGUUCUUCAAAUCCGUCCACAAACGGCUCCAAAUGCUCGAGUCAAAUUCCACCCUCUCCCUCCUUUAUAUUGAAGAACAGUCCCGCAUUCUUCGCGAUGCUUUCAAUAAGGUUGAGAAACGUCAGCUCUCCAAGACUUCCAAUUUCCUCGAAAACCUCAACGUGACCGUUCUCAACGAGCUGAAAGAUUUCCGAGAACAAUACGACCAGGUCUGGAAAUCCGUCGCCUUUGAAUUUGAGCACCAACGCUUGAAAUAUCAUCAGGAAGUGCACUCCAUCAGCUCACAGCUGGGUGUCCUGGCCGACGAACUCGUUUUCCAGAAACGAGUGACUCUAGUCCAGAGCAUUAUGGUUCUCUGCUGCUUUGCGCUGGUUCUAUUCUCCCGGGGCUCGGGCAGCAAUUACAUGGAAUUCCCUCGAGUUCAAAGGAUGGUCGCUCGCUCCUACAGUCUACGGUCAUCGUCACCAAUCUUCGCCUCCCCUUCUGCUAGCCCAAGUUCUACCCGGCCCACCUCGUCCUACCAUGAGAAUGCCAACCACCGACGAAAUCUAUCAGAUACGUCCUCUUCACAAGAAAGUCCUGCCAGCCCAACAGCUCCCUACGUCCCACCAACUCCGACUUCACCUCUUUCCCACGAGAUGGACGACGAGAAGAUUGACACGCCGCAGUCCCCAGACUCGUUGUCUGAAUCUGUACCUAUGCUUGGGACGCCACAGUUCCGAUCGCACAGCACUCCACCUGUGAUGAGCUCCCAUACUCCAGAUCUAGAUCGAGAGGACUUUGCGCUGGCAUCUGAACUCUCUGAGGUAUCUGACGAGGCGACCCCAUGA